CCGGUACCGGCACCAAAGAGUGGACAAGAACCGAGUAAGAGGUCGUACCUACCGUUGUCAGACAAAGACAGAACCGCACCGCAUGGACCAUUUUCGGAGCUUCUUCUUUUAUUCGGUGUGCGUGUGUAUUUAACAGUUUCUUAAGAAGAUCAAGUGUUGUGUACCUGUAACUAAAAUGGCACCGAUGUUGAGGAAUUCUUGAAAGGUUGAAAGUGCCACGGCUGAUGUUAUUGUUGUUCUGUUUUUCGACUGGUUUAUACCGCGUUGGCUUGUUAUGGAAUUUAGAACAUUUCAAUGAGUUGUAGCAUCUUUGAUCAGUACCCUUAACAGGCCUACCCACCAAUCAGCCAACAAAUAGUAAUGUAGCUAUUCAUCCAUUAUGACUUCAUUAACUUCAGACCCAUCGAAAAUGGAUCAUCACUACCAAUCCAGUGACACCAGCGACCAUGGACUUUUAAGCCAUCAUACCUGUACCUGUUGUAGAGAAUGUCUAGAAACCCCUGAAACACCAAAGACUGAACACCCCCGCCACCCUUUGCCAUCGCCUCACCACCACGUGGUUAAUUUAAGUCAUACCCCUUUGCAGAUGACACACCAUGUGCAUCUGAACCAUCAUAAUCAUCAUCAUGGGGCGGCCGUGCCGCCUGCCACCGCCUCGCCGAAGCCACAAGUGAAAAAUUGCACUUGUCACUUAAAGACUGAAAAUGAAGCAGAAGAGAGACAAAAUAUCGAACCGAACGCACAGGGGAGGAAGUUGGAUGAGGAUAGGAUAGAGGUGUCGCCCCUGCCGCCCGCUUUGCCGCCUCGGCCGCCCCCCAGACCGAGAUACGAGGGGACUGGGAGUUUGAAUUCGAGAUAUAGGCCUAGGAUUGCUUCUCCACAUACAGGGGGCGUACGAAAGUAUGUUUUCUGGUGCUGCGCAUGCGGCGGACUCGCGACCAUACUGGGCGCCCUCUUUCUUGCCGUUUAUUUCCUGCUCAGAACCUACACAUCCACUUUGGGUUAUUUCGAGACCAUUCCUACAUUUGUACCUGCCACAAUGCUAAUACUAACUGGGCUAUGUAUUAUUAGCUUAGCGAGAAGAAAAAAUCGAUACAGCUACUUGAACGUAUUACAGAUAAAAGUGUGCGGCCUGUGUUGCCUGGUGUGCGCACUGACAUGCGUACUAGUGACCAUCACAACAACGGUCAUUCACAUGAAUCGCCUUCAGACCCUAAGGGAGUGCGUGUACACUCAAAAAACACGCACCUGCACCUGUUACUCCAUUUUAUUGGAGGCUCAAAGCAGCACAGACGACAAUAUGAGAUACGUCUUUGAUAGCACUCCAGACUGCGAAGUGAUACAUGGCGCACUAUACUCUUGCCUUCGAGUAAUGUUUGGACUAUCAGUAAGCGGCAUUUUAGUUUGUAUCUUCUCCUGUAUGUUGGUCUAUCAACUGUUAAGUCACGAGAAGAAAAAAAUGUACUGGGAACAACUGGAACUGCGGUGCAGGUCGUUUUAUCAGCAACACCCGGCACCACCGUCCAGUACCCCUGGCUCGCUUCGAGGCCCUCCAGUUCCCUCCACCACUUAUUGCAGCUGCUGUGAGGAGUGUAGAUAUUCUACUGCAGCACCACAACCUCCUCAAGUAUAUCCUUGGGACACUCAUCAUGUAGCCGAAAGAUUUUGGACACCCGGCAGAGUGGGCAACUUCUACUCACCAAACCCUGAAGAUGUUCCUUCGGUCAAUGUUGAAACUAAUAGAGGCAGACCCGGCUGGAGUUGGCGCAGGUUGCCAUGGUCCAGAACUACUGCCGAACCAGCAGAAAUUCCCAGAGAGAACUCGCUGACCUAUCAGGGGGCAGCUAGUAGCGCUGACAGCCAAUACGGUUUUAGCAAUAGGUCAGGUGACAACGCCCUGCAGAGCGAUCAGACCUCUGGAUCUAAUGGUUCCUACAGUAUGUUGGAUAACAGGCCUCCUAUAGGUGGUGUUUAUGUGUGGGGUCCUCCUCCACCUUAUUCUGAUCCUAAUUCGCCUGCUCGCAGGUUUAUGGCUCAUCAGUCACCGCAAAGAUAUCACCAUGCGCACCAUCACGCUCACACUCAUGAAUCUCAUUGCCAAAUGAAUGAAGGUGGUCAGUUUCGAGCCUCCAGACGAGCCAGACCCCAAUCGAAUAAAGACAACUAUGAAAACACUACUGAACCGGAGAUCCAUCAAACCAACGAGGUUAAUAGCGAAAGUACUGACACUUCCAGCUGUGUGGAACGAGUUUCUCAUACCUUGCCAGUAAGAAAGGUGAAAAAAAGAUCCAACAACGAGAUGGCUUCUGUCAAAAGCACUAGUAAUCAGCAAAAUCAUCCAAGAACCAACGUCCAGAGCGUCUUUGGUCAGCAAGAAGAGCAAGUGGAGAAUGAAUAUCAUGAACCAACUGUACCUGAAACUGCGGCAACGCAGCAAGAAAGUCAACAAUGCAGAUUCCUGCCCAGGUUGCAAGGCGUUGAAAAUGCUGCCUUCCAGAAACAGGAACCGGGUACACCCAAACCAGAAACCACUGAGUCUGAGGUGUAUUUUGCUGACGUAAGCAGCUGUUGUAAUAUUUCAGUACGAAAUGAUGGCCAGGACUCAUCAUUAUAUGAUGAAGCCUUGGAGGGUAACAAUGGGAGACUGAUAUCACUUCAAAAGCCCGUGGAAGUCGACAAGAAAGAAGCAACUAGUCAAGAAAUCAAAGAGGAGGAUGACUAUUUGGCUCAGAAAAUGGGAAACAGACAAAGUAUUCGUAGUAGAAUGCCAUUUCCCAUGCCAAGUUCAGAAGACUUAGCUGAGUUCAGUUCAGACCCUUGUAUUCAACUGUUGCCCAAGGACAUAUCUCAAAAUAGCUUGUGUAGUAGUGUCCAAACUCCUAUGACAGAGACUACUGAUGAUACUCUAUCACCAGAGGAGUGUUGCAGCAAAAACAACUACUUCCAAGAAGAGUCCAUACAUCGUCCAUUCAAUACGAACCAGUUUUUAGCUCCAGACGCACAAUACGAAGUCAUUCCCGAAGAUGAUAAAUUUAGAAACAGUAGCAACCUUACCAAUACGAUAUCGGGAGUGAAUUUCGAUCAAGGUAACUACUUUAACAAGAACUACAACGCUAGCCCCAAAAACGUCCCACCAAAAACCUUAAAUCUGAACCAACAAGGGAGCAGAAGAAACAUGGGAACGAACAUAUCCGCCCUAAUUCAAAAUUUAGGAGGGAAUCCGGCAGGAUUACUGUACGGAGAUAAGACGGAAGAGGAGGAGGUACAAGGACUGGGUUGCCACAGUGAUGGAACAAUGGAUUCUGGAUGGCAGAGUGGAUCGGAAAAGCAAGAAGGGAGGAAUGGCGGACCAGAGGGCGAAGGAGGCGGAAGACCAGUAAAUGUUUGAAUAACAAGAAGUCAAAAUAACAGUUAACAAUAGAAAUGUUACACUUGAAGUGAAAGUGAGGGAUCAAUAAAAAACUAUUUUGACAAACAACAUUGGUAACUAAAACAAUUUUUGUUUUGGCAAUAUUGCGCUUGUUAAAUAGUGUUAACAUUGAUAGAUGACGAAUGUUUGUCAUGUGUCAGUUUUGGCAGAUUGAAGAAAUGUUGACAAUAUAGGUAUAUUAUAGAAUAUUUAUUUUUACUGAUAGUGGAAUGUUAAAAUGAAAUAAGGCAAAAGAUGUGAUAGAUUUGUUUUAGCCUCUUUAUUCUGAACUGUUUUAGUGUAAAUAUUGAAAUAUUUUGAAGACAGAAGUAGAAUGUUUAUUUUACGAAUAAAUUUGUAAGAAACUAUUUAAUAUGAACGCGUCGAAUAAAUAUUUAUUAUUUUAGGAUAAGAAGCAGAUUCUAAUUUAAGUUUGAUAAGAUAUUAUAUAGGAUAAAUAAAUCGCGUUAGGAAU